AUGAUCGCCUGCAACGCUGCCAUGACGCUGGCGGAGUACUUCGGUGAGGAGGGCGGGGAAGGUGUGAUGCUCUGCGACUUCGAAGCGAUGCACGAUGUGUGGAACAUUUUGGCUGAAAUGGCCGGCCAGGAACGAUCAGCUCGUGGUUUGAUCGUGGAUCCCAAGGAGGAACAGUGGGUACAGAUGCAGGGCACAGUCAUCCGUGAGUCGAUCGCCGAGCGGCGGAAGUUCUGGUUCCGCAUGACGAAUCGUGCGAUCAACGAGGCUGGCAAAGGUUCGGCCACCUUGUUGGGAUGGCUUUGGGAACAAGAUGGCAGCCUGCAGUACCGCCAGCAGAAGAUGUACGAGAUGAAGCUGGAGCAGAUUGCAGAGAUCACCCGCAUUUCGGAUGAGAUCAGUUUCUUGGCAGCGCUGAAGCAAUAA